GAGUGAGGCCAUUUCAGUUUAAAUUUUGUUCGGAUAUAAAAUACAGUCCACAACUUACGUACUUCUUGAUAAACUGAAGCAAACCACACGGAUAGAUACAGAGGAAUGGAAGAGAGCAAGGGAAUAGUGUGUGUAACUGGCGGAACAGGCUUUGUGGCGUCAUGGCUUAUAAAGAGCCUUCUUCAACAUGGCUACUCCGUCAACGCUACGGUUAGGACCCAAAUAUCUGGAGUGAAGAAGGACCUUAGCUUCCUUACAAACUUACCUAAUGCCCGUGAGAGACUCCACAUAUUCAACGCCGAUUUCGAAAAUCCAGAUAGUUUCAGAGCUGCAAUUGAAGGAUGUGUAGGAGUUUUCCACGUUGCUCACCCCAUAAACUUCCAAGGGGAAGAAAGCGUUGAAUCAAUCACCCAUAAAUGCGUUGAGGCAACUUUAGGAAUUCUCAGAGCUUGCCUCGACUCAAAGACGGUGAAGCGAGUAGUCUACACGUCCAGCCUGUCGAGCGUAGUUGCAAGGGAGAAGCUUCCGCAAGUGUUGGACGAGGAUGUGUGGACCGAUGUGGAUUUCGCAACAAAAUUGGAGUUGGGUUUUGCUUCCUACAUUGUUUCAAAGACGGCCACUGAGAGGGCCGCUCUUGAGUUCGCGGAGAAGCAUGGUAUGGACCUAGUCACUGUGGUCCCGUGCUGGAUUCACGGCCCCUUCGUCUGCCCUUUCUUGCCUGGAUCCGUGUGGUCAUCUCUUGCUCUGUUUCUCGGUAAUGAGAAGCAGUUCAAGUAUAAUAAGGUUACACCUAUGGUGCAUACAGACGACGUAGCUAGAGCGCAUAUACACCUCUUUGAGCAUCCCGGAGCUAAAGGGAGGUACCUUUGCUCGUCCGUUGAAGUUAAGUACGAGUAUCUGUGCGAGUUUCUUGGAAGGAGGUAUCCGCAGUUUCAAAUGCUGAGUCCAGAGUCUCUAUGUGAUCCUGAAGUUCCAUUCACAAGCAUUUCAUCAAAGAAAUUGUUGGAAACAGGCUUCAGCUAUAAGUAUGGACUUGAGGAAAUGUACGAUGAGGCAAUUGCAUGUUGCAAAACCAAGGGCUUUCUGUGAUCUGUUUUAUUGCAUUUCUUUCAUCUUCUCAUACAGUAUGUUUAUUGUGUAUAUGUACUUAGUUUAUUACAAUGAUAUUAUGUUUUAGCAAAAGGAAUGUUUAUGAGAACGACCUAAGUUUACAUA